AUUUUGGCGCGAGUGAAAGUGCGGCGGUGUGGCCGAAGACCCCGCACUGCGGCUGCGCCGCCGCGGCCGUCAGUACGCGAAUAAUGCCAGCCACUCGCCUUCACCGACAUCGCCAGUGAUCCUCGAGAUGCCGUGCAAAUAAAUGGUUGCGCAUUUAGUUCUCCACCGUUUCCUACCCCGGACCCGCGACAAUGUGCCCAUGGACGACAGUGGCUUUUGUUUUUGUGUUUGUUUGUUCGGGUGCUGCGAGGGAGAUUAGCUCGCCGGAUAUCGCUGCGCUUGAUAACCAUGUGUCAUCAGGUAACAGAAGCCAGCGGUUUCUCUUCGACGCCAUCUUCGGACUGGAGGUGCCACUCCUGGAUGAGCAGAGCGUCGAGGAGGAAGACGAUGACUCCCAGGUCAAGAACUGCUCAUGUGAGUGCGGCAGAGCAAAUCCUCUUCCUAGGAAGAUAGAGUGCGGCGGAUCGAACCAGGAGAACCGCAUCGUGGGCGGCGUACCGGCAGGGGCCAAUCGCUACCCGUGGAUGGCCAGGAUCGUCUACGAUGGACAGUUCCACUGUGGAGCGUCGCUGCUUACCAAGGAGUAUGUGCUCACGGCUGCGCAUUGCGUGAGGAAACUGAAACGUUCUAAGAUCCGUGUGAUACUCGGCGACCACGACCAGACGAUCACGACGGAGAGCGCAGCCAUCAUGCGCGCCGUCACCUCCAUCGUGCGUCACCGGAGCUUCGACGCUGACUCCUAUAACAACGACAUAGCGCUGCUCAAGCUUCGCAAGCCGGUCACCUUCUCCAAGAUCAUCAAACCCAUAUGUCUGCCACCAGCUAGUAUAGAUCCCUCGGGCAAAGAAGGCAUCGUGGUUGGCUGGGGUCGCACGUCAGAGGGCGGGCAGCUCCCGGCCGUCGUGCAGGAGGUGCGCGUGCCCAUCCUGUCGCUCACGCAGUGUCGCGGGAUGAAGUACCGAGCUUCCCGGAUCACUAACAACAUGUUGUGUGCCGGUCGAGCGUCUACCGAUUCAUGCCAAGGCGACAGCGGUGGGCCUCUGCUUUUACAAAAGGGAGACAAAUUCCAGAUUGUUGGUAUAGUGUCGUGGGGAGUUGGUUGCGGACGGCCGGGGUACCCAGGAGUCUACACGAGAGUCACUCGCUUCCUGCCCUGGCUUCGAGCCAACUUACGGGAUUCCUGUCUCUGCGGCAAUUGAUUUGUAGAUCUACUACUUAUCUCAGGUGGUUGGUAAAGAGGCGCUGCGAUUUUCUAGUAGAUGAAAGUACGCUGAGUUUUAGGACUAAGAUUUACUUUAUAUACCUACCUAAUACCUUAUGACUUAAGUACUUAACAUCAUCAAAUCAGUUUCUUACAGCCAAGCCUUCAACCAUUUCGUAGCUGACCAUAUGUAUUCAUAGGUAUUCGUAACUUUUUAAUACCAACCGCCCUGGGUUAACGGUAGACCUAUUUAAUCAAUAUGGUUUAACUUAGUCAAAAGCUUUAAAAUUACUUAAAAGGGUAAAAUCCAAGUAACCCCAUGACAUACAUCUCGAGGGCACAAUGGCAAAUGUGGGUCCAAAAUUACGAUUAGAAUAAGCAAAAAGUCGAAUAUCGAAAACAGCCGUUUAUGUUGAAUAAACGCAUGUAGGAAAUAAAAUAAAUCGAUAUCAUUUGUAAUGAUAAUGAAUUAAACACUAAAAUUUUAAGUUGCUGAUUUUUCAUUAAAAUUGGUAUAUAUUUAUGACUUAUAUAGUUUUGUUUUGUAUAAAUACUCAUGUAAUGUAGUUAAUACUCAAUAGUUUUAUACAAAUAGAGCAAUAAAAUGCAGUUGAUAAUUAAUUAAUUUAAUUAUACAUGUUUUCGACUAGUUAAUUCUACCUAUACAAACUUGAAUGAAUCGGUGUGCGUUCGUAUUUUUCGCUUGUUUUUAAGCCUUUUGUAUAUAACAUUUACUUAUACAUAUUAGACUGUUAAUGUAACGUUUGUAAAUAUUAACAUUAUGUAGUUUUUAUUGUUUUAUGUUAUUUUUAUCAUUUGGAUACACCUACCGCAUACAUCAUCAUUGCAUCAUUCGCUUGCUUUUCAAAUACUUUACUAAUGGAACUUACAUUGUUCACGUAAAGCCUCAUCUAUCUACACAUUUAAAAUGUGAUCAGUUUUAGAAAUAACUAAAAUAUUUUAUUCCGCAGUCAAAUUCGUAACAUUCAUAAACAUCUAGAUAAUUUAGUCAGCCAUCGUAAUAUUAUUUUUAUUAGGUACCUCCAUUCAAUUAAUGCUCAUCGUAUUAAGACCAUUAUCUUUUACUACUUUAUUUUAAUAUGAUAUGAAUAUCAUCAUCAUAAAAUUCCUUCAAAUUUCUUAGAUACUUUCAUAUUAAAUUUUUUAAGAUAGAACUAAUUUAAUUGCAACCUGUAUAGAUUUUAAUGAAUGUAAAGGUGUAAAUUACUAACAAUCUUAGUUUAUAUAUUAAUUACGAAAAGGCCGGUGGUGCAGAUUACCAAUAGGGAUAAGAGAAACUACUACCUAAGUGUUCAUUGGAUUAUGUGUACAUAUUGUAUUGGAACCUUGUUUACUAAUUUCUAAUUUAUUUUUAUUUAUUGUACGUUAUAUGUAUAUAGGUCAAUAGCUAAACAAAAUGUUAUAUUCGAUUGUUAACUAGAUAUUUAGAAAAAAAAUCUAAACUGCCUACUAUACAUUUUGUCUAACAACAACACAAAAAUAAAAAUCAUAAUUUGCUUAUCUACUCAAAUGUAGUAUACAGUUUUACUUAACUUAAAACCUUAAAACGGACAUUAUUAUAAUUAAAAUGGGUACAAACUUAUGUGCUCACCACUAUGCAAACGAUAGUUAUACUGUGCUUGACUCAAAUAAUCAAAUAAAACUAGUAGGCUAGAGGCUAGUAUUUAAAAGUCCCUUAUUAUAGGUAGUUAGAUAUCAAUCUUUUGGUUAAAAUAAGCCCCGUUGUACAAAAGUUCACUACUACAAAUAUGUACAUUAAUGCCUUCUAUGGUAGAAAUGGUAGAAUGUUAUGACGCAAAAACACAAUCACUACUUUCAUUGGUCACUUUGUGCAAAUUUGCAUGUUUAUCAUAAGUAAAUAUGCCAUUUAUGUUUACUCAAACGAUUACAUUUCUGAAACAGCUGAUUUAAUCGACCAUUGUCAUAUUUUCAGUAGAGACCAUUUGUGCGAUGUUUAGACUUAAGAAUAAAAAGCUCUUUAGGCUGUACCUGUGAUCCCUAUCACGAUAAAAUUUGUUAAUAACUAG